CGGGUCGGGUCCGCUCCGCCUGUCAGUACCGCUGCUGCUGCUGCUGCUGCUGCCGAGGGGGACAUUGUCGCGGCGACUGUGGAGCACCAGCAACGAACCAAAGUUCACCCCAAUAAACACAAGCUGAAUUAAAGCCACACGGAAGAUUCAUUUUCUCUAAACAAGCAAACACUUCAACCCCAGACUCCCGCCCGGUUCCUCCAAGCUGCUAUUAUUCCUCACAGAAAGUGCAUCUGAUCUUGUAUCCAGUUAAUGGGAUUUCUUCAAGAGUUUCAUGAAAACACCACAGCAUGUUUAUGAGUUAGGGGUGUCGUGGACUUUCUAAAUCUGCUCACGAACGCCUAGCAGGUUUUAUGGUCUCCUUGACGGUAACCUGUUCUCUCGACUACGGAAGAAAGAAAGAAAUCAGUCGGCUGGUCGCACUGCUGGAUCGCUGUGAAGUGUUUACAUGAGGUAACACCAGGCCCAACAUCACCAUCUCAGUGGUUUUUGAGCUGAGAAAUGGGCCAGAAAAUCUCAGGGAAUAUAAAGUCUGUGGAUGUUAGAGAACCAGCCUACAGGCCCUUGAAGCGGGAGUUGCGAGGUCCUGACUUUUGCAAACCAACGCGACUUGAUAUGCUACUGGACAUGCCGUCGGCGUCUCGGGAGGUUCAGCUCAAACAUGCCUGGAACAAUGAAGACCGGUCGCUGAACAUUUUUGUCAAGGAAGACGACAAGGUCACCUUCCACAGACACCCGGUGGCCCAGAGCACGGACUGCAUCCGAGGCAAAGUUGGAUAUACGCGAGGCCUACACGUCUGGCAGAUCCACUGGCCCACCAGGCAAAGAGGAACGCACGCGGUUGUUGGCGUGGCCACGGCGGAAGCUCCGUUGCAUUCUGUGGGCUACACCUCGUUAGUCGGCAGCAAUAAUGAAUCGUGGGGCUGGGACUUGGGUCGUAACAAACUCUACCACAACUGCAAAAACCAACCAGGAUCACUUUACCCGGUGUUUUUGGAGCCAGAUGAAUCUUUCGUUCUGCCAGAUAGUUUCUUAGUGGUUUUGGACAUGGAUGAGGGGACGCUGAGUUUCAUCGUGGAUGGACAAUAUCUAGGUGUGGCCUUCAGAGGACUUAAAGGGAAAAAAUUGCAUCCUAUAGUCAGUGCAGUCUGGGGGCACUGUGAGAUAACAAUGAGGUACAUCAAUGGAUUAGACCCUGAGCCAUUGCCUUUAAUGGACAUGUGCCGAAGAUCCAUUCGCCUUUCUCUAGGCAGAGAGCGACUGCCGGAGAUAGAAACUCUACCAAUGCCAGCUACUCUGAAGAAUUAUUUACAAUACCAGUGAUGAAUAAACUGGUACUAAACUAACAAAAAUAUCAAUGCAAAGCGAUGGAAAGAUGCAGUUUACAUAAUAUUUUAAUCUGUGGAGGACACCAUAGUUGUUUGAAAUAGUGACUUCCAAAUAGACUCUAUUUAGCAGAACCAGAAUUAGGAGAUAACAUUGUCUGAAUUAAGAGAAUUAUUUGCGGUGUUUAAGAAAAAACCCCUAUUUUAACAGUCAAACAGUAACUCAUGAUAUCCUCUUCAUCCAUGAAUCCUCUAUAUAUGCGUAUGUAAUUUAGCUUAUUGCCCCUUUCGAUCUACAUUGUUCAAAUGCAUUGUGUGAAAUUAGCCGGGUAAUCACGAGGAUAUCUUCUUGGUAUUGUUUCUGUUUACAAUUGAAACCGAACGUGCAACUCGAAGAGAUCCUAGAAGCCAAUGAUCAGAUGAUGCACAUGAUCAAAAGGGGCUGUUAGACAACAGCUAACUGCAGAUAUUGGCAUGAAAAUGUUUACUAGUGUGCUAUUGAUUUUAGCAUGACUGAUUUGGGAUCUCGCUGUUCAGGUACAGUGACAAUGUAUGCCUAUGAACCUGUAUGCAAGAGCUUCUAGUGGCAAAUUCCCUCAGGAAGCUUUGCAUGAAUUUUGUAACACUACUGGAAGGUCACACAAUAUUCAAUCUUACAACGCUCAAGUCACUUUUUUAAAUGGAACAAAGUUUUACAAAAGCUUUUACUUCAUUCAGGCUUGUAAACUUUGUUCAUUGCAAUGUACUGUUUUGUGUCGGAUAGUUUGUGCAGAAUCGGUGAGACUAUAACUCCAGUCCUUUCACUGACGGAGUCCAGUCAUUUCACUUCUGCUCAGACCAGACCUUUUUAAAGAUGCUGCUGCUUAAUUUUCUUUGACCUGUUUUUCAUAGUGUCUGCCUGAUCAAUUUAUUUAGUUUUAAAACUGGAAGUUGUUGCAGUUGUAGGGUGUCGAAUGUAAGGACAGUGUUGCCUUCAGAGUUUUAAAUGUGAAUUCACUGAAUGACAAAGUUUCUAAUAAAGUUUACUGUCCAAAUGAA